AUGCAGGAUAUUAUAUCGCUCAAGUGGAAUGGGUAUGAAAACACACCCGAUAUUAUAACCGGGGCUAAUAACGGACACACAAUCAAAAUCAUUCCCAAGUGGGCGGAUGAAUCUAGAAGACCCUAUUUAUCUGGUGGACCUCUCAGUAGUCGAUACGUUCUCCAAGAAUCCCACUUUCAUUGGGGGGCGGAUAACAAUGUUGGAAGCGAACACACGGUCAAUGGAAAAAAGUUCGUCCUUGAGGCCCACAUGGUACACUGGAAACUCGAUUACGGUUCAUUCUCAGCAGCCGUUGAACAACCUGAUGGACUCGCAGUAGUUGGAUCGUUCUAUGAUAUCAACAAUAUACAGGACAAAUCUUCAUAUGCCGUUAAUGACAUCGUAAAUAUCGCCUCGAUACUCUCCGAAGAAGGCAAAGACGCAGACAUACAAGUUACCAAGGAUCUUUGA